GGGAUCAGCAGCUGAAACGAAAGCGCCUCCAAAGGAUCAAGCUAAGAACCAGGGUCUCCCAGCUUACGUACCAUAAGGUAUUUUGUUUAAUCUUCCCUCGGACUCUUUGAAUGCGAGCUAUCUCAUCUUUUUAAUUCAAUCCCAAAUCUCAUCUUAGACUCUUCACUGCCUCAAUUUACCACAGCCUCAUCCGUCAAAAUGUCGACCGUAUCGCCAGAAACAACAAACGCAGAUGUUAUCUCGCCUCCAAAAUACACUGCAAACGCUGAAUCUCCCCGCAACGAGAAAAUCGCAAUUGAGCAACCCAAAGUCGACGAUGAAAACCUCCCCGAAGUCGUUACCGAUCAAACCAGCCCAGCGCAAAUGAGUCCUCCCCCCGCAAGCGAAUAUCGUCCCGUCUCGACUGUCUCUCCCGCGCCGGAAAGUACACUAAACUGGGAUGGUACACAAUCGCCCCCGAUUCUACAGCACCCUGCUCUUGCGCAGCAGCAGUACGCGGGACAUCAGUCCAUGGUCGUCCCAGCGCAGCAGCAGGUUCCUCCUGGAGAAACUGUCACGCCGUUGCAUUUGCUGGCUGAUCAGGCUGAUAUGAUGGAUUGUCCGUUUUGUCAGCGUCGCGCGGAGACAAAGGUUAAGAAGUCUGCUUCUUCAGCGACACAUAUUUACGCAACCGCUCUUUUCUUCACAACUCUUUUUGGUGUUAUUUUCCCGUACGCCUGCCACUGUGCGCCAAACAUUAGCCAUUUCUGCAAGAACUGCGGUCGCAAAGUCGCAUUCAAGGAGCGUGGUGGACAAAUGGAAGCACUCGGCACGCCAGAUCAUUUGAGGGAAGUCUCAAAGUAUCCAGCUGCUCCUCCUAAACAGAAAUAAACUAUCGCGGAGGGUGUGAGGCGUUGGUAGCGAUCUAUUGUCUAAUCUAAUGUUGCGGCUCUCUUCUGCGACUAAUGUUGUUGUGGCUCCUCUUCUGCAAGGAGAGGUGCUGUCUCGGGAGUCUUUCCGUCCUUCUUCAUCCCGUAGGAAGCGACUGUGUAUAUACCGAAAAUACCCAUGAAUGUACUGAAUGCGAAUGCGAGGAUGCCUUUGA